UUUCCUUAUUUUCUGGCCUUUUGCGGCCACCGUAGGCAGUGCGGCGAGAUGGCUGCCUCCAUGUUCGUGGGUACGGUGCGAGCGGCUUCAGGAAUCUUACGACCCCUGAAUAUUUUGGCAUCUUCAACCUACUGGAACUGUGCCAAGAAUGCCUGUCUUAAUUCUGCACUGAGAACUAUUCAUUUUAGACAUAUUCAGACACCAGUUGUUUCUGCUGCUCCUGGACUUGUCACAUCUCUCAGAAACCUGACAUGUGGGCAUACUGCAGCAGUAUUUAAUAGAGUGGCCCCCUUGGCUCCCAGUAUCCUGAAGCUGCCAGUCAGAACUGUAACAUACUGCAGCACACGGAAAGGCAAGAGAAAGACUGUAAAAGCUGUCAUCUAUCGCUUUCUUCGACUUCAUUCUGGCCUUUGGCUAAGGAGAAAGGCAGGUUAUAAGAAAAAAUUAUGGAAAAAGUCGACUGCAAGAAAGAAGAGCUUGAGAGAAUUUGUGUUCUGCAAUAAGACCCAGAGUAAACUCUUAGACAAAAUGACAACAUCUUUCUGGAAGAGGCGAAACUGGUAUGCUGAUGAUCCUUAUCAGAAGUAUCAUGAUCGAACCAACCUGAAAGUAUAGUUCAGAACUGUGAUAGAUUCCCACCUAUCAAAUGUGGAUCUUUCUGCACAUAAUAUCCUUGCAAAAAUGAUUAAAUAUUAAACAUGGUAUAAAUUA